AUGAAAAUAUCACUUUUGGUGUGCGUCUUGGUGCUGGUGCUCCCCGUGGCAUUGGCUCAGCUCAAGGUUGGAUUCUAUAAGUCGUCCUGCCCAAAAGCCGAGUCCAUCGUGAAGCAAGUGGUGCAGAAGCGAUUCAACAGCGACAGGACCAUCACCGCAGCCUUGCUUCGCAUGCACUUUCACGACUGUUUCGUCCAGGGUUGCGAUGCAUCCAUACUCAUAGACUCCACUGACGCUGAGAAAGAGGCGGGUCAAAACUUGAGCGUCCGAGGAUUCGAUCUCAUCGACCAGGUGAAGGAAAGGCUCGAAGCCGCGUGCCCUUCGACGGUGUCGUGUGCCGAUAUCAUAACACUGGCCACCAGAGACGCCGUGGCUCUGGCCGGAGGACCCAAAUAUGAGGUCCCCACCGGAAGACGCGACGGGCUGGUGUCUAAAAGAAGCUCGGUUGAUUUGCCAGGACCAGAUAUCUCUGUUCAGGAUGCCCUAGAUCUGUUUGACAAGAAGGGAAUCAAAAGAGAAGAAGACAUGGUGAGCCUUAUGGGUGGGCACACUGUGGGAAAGGCAUUUGGUAGACUUUUGGACGGCAAGACGCCGUCCACAGUGGAUAACCAGUACUAUAAGCAAAUUCUUCAAAACAAGGGCGUUCUCUCUAUUGAUCAAAACCUUGCUGUUUCUGCGUCAACAAAGAGUAUUGUCACCGCUCUUGCAGCAAACAAUACCAGGUUUCAGAUAAGCUUCGCAAAUGCAAUGAUCAAGAUGGGAAGAAUUCAAGUUCUGGUUGGUAAUGCUGGCGAGAUUCGAAAGAAAUGCGGUGCUUUUAACAAUUAG